CCCACUAGUCCAUAAGUGACUCUUUCACUAUGUACCUGGACCGAGUCGACUAUCGAGCCGAGUCUUAAAACAUUGGUGAGACAGUGCCUCCAUCCAUUGGGCUCAACCCAUUUGAGUUUUGUGCCAAACCCCAACACUGUCAUCUUCUUCCCCAUGCUUCUCCAAUAGAUAGCUCACUCUGUCAAGCCAUGUUCUCCAAAACCAAAACCCAAGCUUUCUCCUCCUACCUGAAGAACAAUCUGAAGCUUCUCAACAUCGACACACGCUCUAUCUCCAGUCUCAAAGUAGUGUGGCGCAAAGACCAAGCACUAGACCGCGCCAUAGACAACGACAAGCGUUACAAGCAAUGUAUCCGCGUCGUGAAGGAGGUUCUCAACGAACCGGGUCAAGUCAUCCCUCUCCGCUACCUCGAGAAACGCCGUGAGAGGAUGCGGCUCAAGGUGAAAGUCGAAACGUUUCUGAAUCAAAACCCAUUUUUGUUUGAUGUAUAUUAUGAUAGAAUCAAACCCAAAACCGAACCGGUUCGGUUUCUCCGGGUCAGUGACCGGCUCCGCCAGUUUCUGGAGGAGGAGAAGCGGGUUUUUACGGUGAAUGAGCCGUUGAUUGUGUCUAAGUUGUGUAAAUUGUUGAUGAUGUCUAAGGAUAAGGUGGUUAGUGCUGAUAAAUUGCUUCAUGUGAAGAGGGAGUUUGGGUUUCCUAAUGAUUUUUUGGUUGAUUUGGUUCCGAGGUAUCCGGAGUAUUUUAGGUUAACUGGGUUGCCGGGGGAGGGAAAAUCGUUUUUGGAAUUGGUUACUUGGAACCCCGAGUUUGCGAAAUCGGUUAUUGAGCGAAGGGCGGAAGAGGAGAGUCGGUGUACCGGGAUUAGGGUUAGGCCGAAUUUCAAUGUGAAGCUUCCGCGAGGGUUUGUGUUGAAGAAAGAGAUGAGGGAGUGGGUUAGGGAUUGGUUGGAGCUUGAGUAUGUGUCCCCUUAUGAAGAUGUGUCCCAGUUGGAUCAGGCUUGUAGGGAGAUGGAGAAGUGGAGGAUUGGGGUGUUCCAUGAGCUGCUUUCACUUUCGUUGUAUAAGAGGGUUCCUGUGCCGAUUCUCGGGAAGUUUUGUGAUGAGUAUAGGUUUUCAAAUGCAUUUUCAAGUGCUUUUACAAGGCAUUCUGGGAUAUUCUAUAUGUCCUUGAAAGGUGGGAUCGAAACCGCUGUGUUGAGAGAAGCGUACGAUGGUGAUAAGUUGAUUGACCUGGAUCCUCUGCUCCAGAUAAAAGAUAAAUUUGUUGAGUUGAUGGAGGAGGGUUGGCGGCAAAGACAAGAGGAGUUGAGGCUGAAACAAGAGAAAAUUAAGAAAGACAUGGAACUUCUUGCCACGAAAGUUACUGAGUAAAAAUAUCAAACAGGCAUGCGGAUACGAAGCGCUUUCAAUUUGGACAAUUUUUAGGAGAAAAAAGCUUGAUCUUCGUCGCUGGCGAGCACAAAUGUACAAUUCUCCUUUCUUUAUAUGAUUGUUAUUCUUGAGGUGCGUGAAAUAUUUUACAA